ACCGCUGACUCUCCCACGGUGGCGGAAGACCGGCGUUUCCCGGUUAGGAAAGUAGUAGAUUUGUCACGUAGGACAUGUAUGUCAAGGACAAUUCAUCAUCGUCGAGACCCACCUCACCUCUCAGAGAUUCUGUGACACCUUGUCGUCUCGCUCAUGGGCGUACGAGGUCUCGCGACCUUUAUCAAAGAUAAUCGACAAUCACUCUGCUCGUAUAGACAAUUCUCGGAAGAUGUAGCCGGUCCUUCUAGCAGGAUACCCAUCGUCAUCGAUGCUUGGGGUCUUGUGUUCCAGCUGUAUCUCUCAUGUCUGCCAUGGGCAUCCGGUGGAGAAUACUUGCGUUUCUCUCGGUUGAUCAAGCGGUUCGUCGAUGCCUGGCGGAAAGUAGGGCUUGAGCCAGUCAUUGUCUUCGAUGGAACCGCUCCAUCAGCAAAGCAUGCUACGAUCAUCAGCCGACUCGAACGCUCUUUCACCAUCUCCGCCUUGUUCUAUACUACCUCUGUUGAAUCUCGAUCUAGACCUUCCUUUUCACGAUCCGAGGCUAUUCUACCUCCUCUCGCUUUACAUACUUUCAUUCACACCGUCGAAUCAUUGAAAGUCAAGACUCAUUUCACACCGUUUGGAGAAGCAGACGGAAUCAUAGUAGCUAUUGCGAAUGAUCUCGGUGGCUACGUCCUAGGUCAGGAUUCCGACUUUUUGAUCUUCAUGGCUGGUCCCGGGGCGGAGAAUGUAAGAGGCUACUGUCCGCUGGACUUUGUCGAGUGGAGAGACAAAUCUCCACCGUCAACGCCAAAGGUCGAUGCCGAAGAAUGGACCGUCGCUUCGUCUAAAAAGGCUCUUGGGUCCCAUCGACAAACUCCUCUACUUCCCCCUAGUAAUGCCGUCUCUCCGAUCUUGACGCUUGGCGUCGUCUCUGCCACUGCUUUCCGACAACGCUUCCGUCUUCCCCCAUCCCAUUUCGCACUUCUCGCUUCGAUCGUCGGGAACGACUAUACGCCCCAACAUUUCUCUAACAAACUCUUUGCAUCGCGUUACAAUGCAGGAAAGGGGAGUGAAAAGAUUGAGCUUGUCGCUCGUAUCAUCCGUGAAGCUCAUUUCGGGCCGUCCGCCGUCAAGGAGAGGCAAGCCAGUGCAGGCGACCAGGCAGUCUUCCUCAUCACCAAAGUCAUCGGGCGUCUGUGUUCAGAAUCCGGAUUACAUACGCAUCAAUCCACCAUCUCAGAUAUGGUCAAUACCAUCAUCGAUGCGACUCUACAGUAUGUCUUGCCGUCCACAGUAGCAUGUUGCGAGGCGUAUCCUUUCUGCGGCCAGACCUCCCAUACUGGAUGUCGGAGCGAGCAGUCCAUCAGCGCUGCUCAGAAAGCUUAUGCUCACGCCCAGCAAGUCGGUCGUAUCGCGAGCGUCGUCAAUUGGUAUCUCUCACCUGAUCGAUUGUACCUCUUGACCGGUUUGGAGGACCCAUCAGAGCCAUCGUAUGCAAAUACGGAUCGGAACCGCAACAUAAGGCAACGAGCCUACCGCAUUGUAGAGCAUGGUCUGGGUGAUUUUUGCUGGCCAGAUCCGACAGAGGCCGAGAUAGCGGCCGUCAAAGAGGAUCGCGCUGCCCGCGAACUGCUCAUUGUUGAUGCAGAGGACGAGAGCAGCGGGUCGGAAACGGAUUUAUCACUCGAUGCAAAGCCAGCAUCUGAAGGGCAGACUAUGGUGGACGAUGAACACGAUGCCAAGGAUCUAUUGGACGGCGAGGCGGUCGAUGUCGUUGUCCCACCAAGCCGAACGCUUACAGAAUAUACUCGACAAGGUUCGACAUUCAAGCUGGUCGGUCAGCAAGUGCCACUCCCACCUCGACCCGAAGGUCGCCCGGAUGCUCUUCACCCCCUCGACUUUCGUAUACAGCGGUUCCUCGAGCUAAUAGAAUGUGCCUCGCCGAAGAUCUCAGGUCUCCCUCGGCAAUACCAUCCACUAGCGGUCUCCAUUCGACUCUGUGUCCUUGACGCCUACGACCGAUCUGGGAUCAAAGGAUCAGGAUCAUGGCGUAGGUCAGAAGUCGAAGCAGUCCUUCGAGCGUGUAUCGGCACGUUUGCAGGUUGGCAGAGGGAUUCAAAAGUGGAUCGAUCGAAACAUGAUUCAGAUGAAGGACAAUACCCGGUGCUCGAAACGAGAUCAUCUAAAAUUGUUGGUCAACUCACGGUAGCCAUGUCGGUUUGUCAUUGGCUCGCUCAGGCUCUCUUGCUAGUCCCUGAUGCUGACUGUGCGACACCGUUGACGCAUCUCACACCAUUCAUGUUCUUGUCUGGUGUCGCGCUUCACUCGUGUCUUGCCAAAGUGGAUCCCCCUCCUUCGACCGGUUGGCUGUGGUCGGUGAAAGAGGAUGUGGUCUACGGGCAAUGCUUGGAUGCCGUACUACAUGAUCUGGAUGACAAGAUUAUAGGGCACACGCCUGCAGUCGAAUCAGAGAAUGUCCCCGAGCUCGAGAUUGAGCUGGGAGCUUUGAGCAUAGACAGUGGCGGCAGCAGGAGGAAGAAAAAGACGAAGAACAAGCCGAAAAAAAGUGGCACUGCCUCUCAAGGUAUGCAGAGGACAGCACCUACCUCUGGCACCCGAUUUGAUCUCUUAAUGGACUCUGCUACUGCUACUGCUGCUGCUUUGAUCGACUAGAGGUAGUUGUAAUUAGACCAGCUACAUGCGAAUGGCAUUGUUGUUGUAACACGAUGAUCGCCAGAAUGCUCGGUACCGAGUCGGCCGGUGUGUCCCUUUUGGUGGCGUGAGAUCUUCUUCCACCUUCCACCACCACCACCGCCGCCGCCGCCAGGAAAAGAGAGAGAGGGAAGGAAAAAAAAAAGGUUCCAUUAGGCGAAACGAAAA